CAGAGCCGAGGGAGCUGGGGCGGCCAUCGCGCUGUGAUUGUUGGUAGUUCUCAGAGGCCGAGGCCAGGAAUCUUGUUCUCUGCCGUCAGACCCUUUAAAAUCUGGAUAUGUCCUUCAUAUUUGACUGGAUUUACAGUGGUUUCAGCAGUGUUCUACAGUUUUUAGGACUGUACAAGAAAUCUGGUAAAUUAGUAUUUCUUGGAUUGGACAAUGCUGGAAAAACAACACUACUACACAUGUUAAAAGAUGACAGACUUGGACAACAUGUACCUACAUUACAUCCCACAUCUGAAGAAUUGACCAUUGCUGGUAUGACUUUUACCACUUUUGAUCUGGGUGGACAUGCUCAAGCUCGAAGAGUAUGGAAAAACUAUCUGCCUGCCAUAAAUGGCAUUGUUUUUCUGGUGGACUGUGCUGACCAUGAACGACUGUUAGAAUCAAAAGAAGAACUUGAUUCCCUUAUGACAGAUGAAACAAUAGCUAAUGUGCCUAUCCUAAUUCUUGGAAACAAGAUCGAUAGACCUGAAGCCAUUAGUGAAGAAAGGUUACGAGAGAUGUUUGGUCUGUAUGGUCAAACAACAGGAAAGGGAAGUGUUUCAAUGAAAGAGUUAAAUGCCAGACCUUUAGAAGUCUUCAUGUGCAGUGUGCUAAAGCGACAAGGCUAUGGUGAAGGCUUUCGUUGGGUGGCACAGUACAUCGAUUAAUGCCAAAUCCACAUAUGUCUAUGUCUGAAUAUUAAGUCUGCUCAGUUAUUUGAUCACUCAGCAUACAUAACUUGAAUUCAAUAGACUUUUGUUGGUUAUAAAGGAUAAGUUUUUUAGAUCAUUAAUAUUAUAUCAACUAUUAAUUGUGAGUGUGAGGAUUGAACUGAUUUCAGGCAAGUUUGGAUAUCACAUUGUUAGCUUUCUAAUCCUAUAAAAUAAUUUAUGUUCUUUUACAAUUUAUAAUUUGACAUUUGCACCCAGCACCAUUUUUGGACAGAGUGACUUUCCAGUCCAGUAUGUUUGAAUGCACUUUUUAACAGCUAAAAACUACAGAUAUGUGAAUGGUAUUUAAUGCUCAUCAUGUUAAAUUUUUUAUGUACUUUUUUGGAACUGGUUUUAUAAAUUUAGACUAUAUAACCACCUGUCUUUAAGGUACAAUUAAUAAUUAGCUUAUUAAUUGCAUGAUGCCUUACACUUUUUAAUAAUAUUCUUAUGCAACGUCAUGCAAUAAAACAAAAUCUAAUUUUUGGUGUA